UAAUAUAAUGAUUGAAGAUUUUAAUGACGAUUGCAAAAUUUCAGUGCUCGAAAAAAUUGCCGAAGAAUUUCACGGAGCAAAUACAUUGUUUAAAUUUGCACUUUUGAAUAGAGAGGUUGAUAUUUCUUCGUUUUUUGAUUUGGAUUCUUUCGUUUUCUUUCAAAAUAUUAAUACAAAAAUAAUAUUUGUCAACAGUGGAAUCUUCUGGCAACAAAGU